GCGACUCGCUGGGGACGCUGCCCGUCACGGAUUUCUUCAUCGCUUGUCUGCGCAAUUGCCUCGUCGAGCGACGGCGGGGCCGCAUGCCCUGAAGCACGAUCGCUAGGUCAAGUUUCCGCCGUCCUUGUGGGCACCCUCCGCAUCUUUUCGCAGCUUUUCUGGCCGCUGAGCGCGAGGUCGUCUGUAAAUUUCCGUGGCGUUCUGAGCCGUCCUGAAGACUCGCAAGCGAUUCACGCAAAGAGCGCGCUGUCGUCUGCGUUCGAAGACGCGUUUCCCGAAACUCGGCCCGUCCAAGAGUUUCGUGUCUUUCCGAGAAGACGGCCUCGUUGCAAGGAACAGCUGGCAAGACCCCGCGGAAAAGUCACGGGAAACUCGCGGAAAACAUCGCCACCACAACCCAUACCCUCCAGCUGUCUCGCGCGGGCGUCUGUGCACCUCGACCGUCCACGCGCGUCCAGAGUUUCUUGUUCCACCCUCCGCUGAUGCGUUCCCUGCCAUCUUUUGUUCCUCGUUCGCCUGACCUCUCUCUGGCAGCAGUGUCGGCGGUGAGUGGGCGCGGACCCUCCACACCACAGCGGAAGUCCCCCGCGGUCCUGGCACCGCUCUGCUGCUUCUGGUCUGAACUUGGUCUUUCGCGUUUCCUCGCGCGUCGCACUUCCCGCUUGGUAUUCCACUCUGCUAUGACACACACUCUGCCUCUGCCGGCAUCCGUCCAAACCGCGAGAAGACGCCUGAAUUCCCGGCCGGACGCCGCCGGUCGCGAAUGUUUUUUUUCUCCGCCAGCCACGAGGUGCAUGCAGGAACGUCCGCGUGGAUGUGUGUGCGAGUCUUUGUCGAUUUCCUCAUACGUCCAAAAAGGAUCCGCCGAGAAAGCCGCGCCAACGACGCAACACACACUCUGUCUUCGCGCUGUCGCGCCCUUCGUCCGCAUACACAUACGGUGAAUGCGGCGGCCCCGACAGAGUCGCCAGGGCUCCCCAAUACCGCAGUUCUCUGAACGCUCGCUCGGUGGCUUCUCGCUUCUUCCUCUUUGAUCGAGAGCCGGAACUCGGAGCCGUAAAUGGAUCCCUCAGGAACGGCUUCUGUACACAGCGGCCCAGCUGCAGCGAGACCCUCCGCACUCUGCGGACGGACAGGAGCUUCCCCGGGGAUUUGCUCCCUCACACCACCCCGAAGUCGAAACGCUCGUUUCUUAACGACGAGGCGUUUUCCAUGAGCGACGCUUUUGGUUCUCCAACUCACAAAGACGGUCCCUCUCUCUGUUCUCUGUUGUUCUAGGAGAAGAUUUCGGACUCCAAUUUGAAGUCGACGUCGUUCGCCCGCGGCCUCUGUCGUUGCAGCUUGACCAGCACUGCGUAACUCUUUUUCCCUGUGUCUGCACUCGGAUUUAACUCGUGGAGUGAGACCUCUUGCGCUCGAUUCACAGCUCUCAGUGGCUCCGCUCGACUCAGACACGGGGGACGUUCGGUUCUAUCUCUGAGGGCCGUCUCCGUUUCAUGGGAGUUCUGCGCGACGCGCCUGCGCGCCUGGAACUCCUCGUUUUCUCUGCAUUUCCAAGCCGGAGGCGUCUCGUCUUCCUCACCGACCUGCUUUUUCGGCCUUCGAAAGUCUCAGAAGUCGCCGAAGCUCUCCUGAUUCUCCUGUCCUCUUCUUCUGACGGCUGCUUCUUCUCGCUCUGCUUCUCUUCGGUCGGGGAAGCUGUCUCUCCUUCUUCCUCGGCUUCGGUGGAUUGUUCCUUCCCUGUUCUUCUGCACUUCAGGAUGGCGCCGGCGGCGAGUGGCGGGUCGCCGCAGACGCGCAGCGGAUCUCGACGCUCCAGUGCGCUAACCGCGUACAGUCAGGUUCUUCCUCGGCGUCAGCCGCGGCGAUCCCCCUUCGUUUCUGCCGACGAGAGCGAGAAGCCGCGCAGAAAGCCGAGCUCGGCGCAGGCAGGCGCGCAAGGCGAAGUCGCUUCGCCAGCUGAAGAGACGACCGCGUCAACAGAGUUCGUCGCGUCUGCACCCUCUUCUGCAUGCCAGUCUGACGCGGACUCGGUGACCGCAGGCGGGGAGACAGGCGCGAAGAGACUGGCCGGCGCUUCCAGUGGACGGCCGGAGACUUUCUGGUCGCCGAUGAUGGGUCCUGAGAGUGUCGGAGGCGAGAGAGGCCGUCAAGAAGACGACUGUUUGCGGCUUUCUUUCUCGGUGGACAGCUCAUGUUCAGACGCCUCAGGCAUCUGGAGUUCCAGCGACGGAUUUCUGCCGCCUGCAAUGUCGGAGCCACAGUACACGUUCGCGUCUCUGCCUUCCUCGGACUCGUUGGCUGGCGGCCUCGGCGCUUCCUCUGUCGCUUCCUGCACCUCGUCUUCUGCGUCUUCGUCUACCCCCUCGACGGACGUCUCUCGCCAGGCCUCUGGGGACCUUUCCGUCAGCGUCUCCCGGAAAGAGGAGACGCGCCGGCGUCUCGACGCUUCCCCCAGCUGGCCGCCGGCGACCGACUGGCGCUUGUCCCUGUCCCAGCGCGUCGUCCACACCCCAGCAAAGGCUGUCUCCGCCGGGAGCCUCCCAGCCAGAGCAGAAAGCGCCGCUGGUGUGUGUACACCGCAGAAGAGGGUGAAACCGAAGCGUCGCGCGCGGUCAGUUCGGGCAUGUCCUCUGGCGCUGGGCCGCAGACGGAUUCCGACGAAGCCGACCUUGACGAGUGUUGAGUCGAGUCUCCUCUACAAGUACCGCGCGCCGGCCGGCCCGGGCAUUCAGGUGCCAGCGCUCAGACUCGAGUCCGCGCCGACAAAGUUGAGUAACUGGCAGUUCUCUUGGCAAGAACUCCUCUGCUACAAUCCGCGAGCGUACAGCGCUACUCCGCUCUUUGAAGAAAACUACCUCGUCAUGCGCGCGGGCGUCGAGAACUUCCUCACCCCCAUGACAGACCUCGUCUUCGUGGAUCGAAACUCCGCGCAUCUCAGUCCCGCCUACGUUUACCAUGCGUACUUGAUCCCUCCCGUCUGUCCCCAUGAGUAUCAUUUGGCAGCCUGCAUUCAGUGCUACACGAGCGACGACAGCUGGUUGAGUCGAGGCGCGUGGAGGCGCGUCUGCCAGCCGAACGGACGGGCGGAGACUCUGCGGCCGACAAAUCCUCUUGUGCUUCCCUUUCGUCCCUCAGAGAGUCCGGAGGAGAAGACGCAAUUCCACUUUCAGUUUCAGCGAAAAGCCUGCCAUCCGCUCUACCAAGACGCGGCGCCAGGCGCGGGAGGCCGUGCGUCCGCCGUCGGCCAGAACCGCAAGCUGCCGCUGCAUCUGUGGAUUCUUCUUGGCGGCAAAGACAUGCAGGCUCUCGACGGGAUUGUGUUGGCGUGGAAGUUUCUGCGCUUCGCGUCGGAGAUCCCACCGAGCGAGUUCGUCGAAGGCCCCGGUGAAGCUACUGCGGGUGUUUCGGAAGCCGCUGCAGAACUGCCAACGGGCGCGCUCUUCUGGGGAGAAAGCCGAUGUUCUGGACAGAAGCAGUACUUCCAAUAUCACUCUGCGGGAAGACAUCCUUCGCAAGACCAGACUUGCGAGUCGGCAGGCGACUCUUCAAAAGCCACAGGUCGUUCCUUCUCUCCGUUUGGACCCUUUCUGUAUGACAUGGACGGUGUGUCGGAGGACAAGAAGUAUCGUCUGUCGUUUUUGAUGGUGGACAUUCCUGGGUACGGCAAUUCUUCUGGCCACCCUGCGCCGGAGACUGUUCGCAGCAGCGUUCUGCAGGCGGUGAAACAUGCGCUGAUGGAGCUCGUGGACCACCACGGAGAAGAGAGCAUCGUCGUCAACAUUCUCGGCUACUCUCUGGGGUGCGCCGUCGCUCUCGCGCUCGCUGCCGACCUCGCCGAGAGCCUGCACAGGGAUCUUUCGUUCGCUUGCGUUCGUCCGCGGGUUGCGACGCAGACCGCCUGCAGCGCCAAAAAGAUCGCGACGGCAGCUGCGGCCUGGGAAGAACGCAUGCGCAACGCGACUUGGGAGGAGGCGCCUCCCGGCAGCGAGAAAGCGGGGAAGCCAAGAGUGCACUCGGGAGUUGCGUUCGACCAGGACAACCUGACUCUGCGGGAUACAUGUAACGUGACUCUAAACGAAGAAGGAACUUGCGUCGUUCCGCUGGACGCAGCUUACAUGGGGGACCUCGAAAAGCCGGACGGCCUCCGACUCGCGAUCAACCGUUUGAUACUUCUCGCGCCGUUCACUUCGAUCCAGGCGAUGGCGUCGCGUGUGGCGGCGGCGACUGUGGGGGGCGGGGGGUUCAUCAGUCGCGCGGCGAGUGCCCUCGUGAGCCGCCAAAUCAACUGGGACAACGAAGCCUCGAUGAAGCGUCUCUUCGAAUUCAUGGGCAAAAUCAAGAAAACCUCCCAGUCGGACGUCUUCCGCAACUUUCGGCUGUACAUUCAGCACGGAGACAAAGACAGCGUGAUUCCGUGGACUAUGGGUUUUGAACUCUUCACACUUGCCAAGUCUCUCCGGUCGGCUCACAACAUGCCACACAUUCCUCUUAAGUUUUCCAAGCUCUCUGGCGAGACCCAUGCAACUGUCCUCUCUGGGCCAAGUGAGCUGCCGCUGCUCGAGAGUUGCUUCUCGCCGUAUCGCCUGCAUCCGGCGGCGCCCCUGGCUCUCUUGAAAUUCUACUCGCGCCUGACGCGCCUCCCGAGCGCAGGGUCUCGGCGCAGCGCGAUGCUGCCUGGGGUCUACGGCCGCGCCGGCUUGGUCCGUGUGCCGGUGGUUUCCGGUCUGCCCUCGAAGACGAUCGUCGCUCGGCAAAACACUGUACCGACUUUCUCUUCUCUUGUGCCGCCCCUCGCGCGCUCAACUUCGCUGCUUGUCCGCACCUCCCAGGGGACGGCUGUCACCGCGCCUCGGCCGGGCGCGGCGUCUGAGCGUCGCCUGCGCCACUCGACAAGCGACGGUUUCCUUGUUCCUCAAGGCUUCGGAAAUCCACACGGCACCGGUUCUCCAGAGGUCUCUUCCGCGCCCCGUAACGACCCAGUGACGAGUGUUCGUGAAGUGGGGUAUACGGCCGGCGAUGUUCAGCAUUCGUACUCUCCCGUCUCUCUGGCGCAUGCGUUUUCGCGAGCUGCCUCGGGGCCGUUGCCUUCGUACGCCUCAGAGUUGACUGUCCCUCUGGCGCCUGCGGGCGGCUCGACCUCGAGUGUCUCCGGAGGUCACCCGUUGCCUCCGGUACCUUCCUUUAGUCGGUCCAACACCGCAUUCGCGGCGUCUUCCACGAGGUCUGCUCAGACGCAUCACGAGCUAGGGUCGCACAAGCCGCCAGUGCCUCCAAGCAAGCCAGGGUGUCUCGAGCGCACGGGCGUGACUGUCCGUAGCGCCUCUCUGACUCCCGUAGGUUCGCACUUGAACGGGGGCUUUGUCGGAAAUUGAUCGCGACGCCUCGCGCAGGAGUCCAUGGUAUAAAGGCCAGUUGGAGUGGCCGUGAGAAGCAGCGCACUGUUGAGUUGGAGGGGAAGGUCCCUCGGGGCGCGCGAGAGCAGCAGGGAAGAAGGUAAGGCAACUCGCUGGAGAAGGGGAGGCAGGAAAGAGUGGGAAACAACGGAAGAGGUUUUGCUAGCUACGCUUCACAUGGAGAUCUGUUUGACUGGGGAUCUCUGGAGCUGUGGGGACAGCAGGGUGACGGCAACUUUUUGAAGUGAAGGAUUCUUUAAGCUUCCUUCCAAUGUGAACAGAAGCGUGUAGAAGAGAAUCGUAUUUGAAGACGAUGUUCCCAAACACACGCAAAGGGCGACGCGUCCUUGCUACCGCUUGCUUAUUUCUAGAGACUCAACAACCACAUUUAGAAUGUGUACUUGUCACUGUGCCUCCUGCGGAAUAACUGUACAAAUGUGCAUACACGGAAACGACCAGUUCGUGCAUUCCGUCUUUCUCGCGAGGUACAGAACAUGUCCGACGGACAAAGGGAUUCCCGGGGAAAAGAGUUCCUGCAGGUGUUUAACGUGAUUGGGGACGGAGGGCGCUUCACUGAAAAGGGGGCACAACGGGUCAAAAGAAUUGUGAACAGGUGAACCCCGUUAAAAAGGCGUUGGCUUGGAACAGGCCUGGUACGACAGGGCCCGGGCAGGGAGAAGCCAUUCCACAUUUGGUAUCCGAGUUGAAGAGGCAGCGAAUUCCGUUUGUGUUUUUCUUGCAUUUGAAAACGACAAAGGCCGGAGGUGUGAGGUCACCCGUUGUACCUGGCUGUGGAUCGCGCGUCGUGCCUCAGGCUGUAUGCGCGAAAAAAGUUCGAAAGCACGGCACAAGGUUUUACCGUGCUUUCGUAGCGUGUUCGACCCGUUGUCAACAGAAUGCGUGUUUGUUGCUUGGAAAUGAAAUGAGGGAUACCCUUCGAUUCACAAACGUGUAGCA